CGUAGGACUUUCCCUCCUCAUCCUACCCACAAUCUUCUGUCUCCGUGUUCUCAUUGUCAAAAUUCAGGUUUUUAAAAAAAAAAAUAUAUUAAAAAAAUUCUAUAAUUUUCUUUAAUAUUUUUUUUAUAUUCUGGGCUUUGGUUCAAUCUCAGGACUACCUAAGUUAGUUGGAGAUGGCCACUACAUAUGAACCAAAGAACAUCCUCAUCACAGGAGCUGCUGGCUUCAUUGCAUCCCAUGUUUGCAAUCGGCUCAUUAGGAACCACCCUAAUUAUAAUAUUGUUGUCCUCGACAAGCUUGAUUACUGUUCAAAUUUGAAAAACCUGCUUCCCUCAAAAUCGUCCCCUAACUUCAAGUUCGUCAAGGGAGAUAUUGGCAGUGCUGACCUCGUCAACUUCAUCUUGCUUUCCGAGUCCAUUGAUACCAUUAUGCACUUUGCAGCCCAGACUCAUGUUGACAACUCCUUUGGCAACAGCUUUGAAUUUACUAAGAACAACAUAUAUGGCACCCAUGUCCUUCUAGAGGCCUGCAAAGUUACUGGCCAAAUCAAGAGGUUUAUCCAUGUGAGCACCGAUGAGGUUUAUGGUGAGACAGAUGAGGAUGCUGUUGUGGGGAAUCACGAGGCUUCUCAGCUCCUCCCAACAAACCCAUAUUCUGCUACUAAAGCUGGGGCAGAAAUGCUUGUUAUGGCAUAUGGGCGAUCAUAUGGCUUGCCUGUGAUUACUACCAGAGGUAACAAUGUUUAUGGGCCCAACCAGUUCCCUGAAAAAAUGAUUCCAAAAUUUAUCCUCUUGGCCAUGAAGGGACAGCCUCUACCAAUCCAUGGGGAUGGAUCUAAUGUUAGGAGUUAUCUCUACUGUGAAGAUGUGGCGGAGGCAUUCGAAGUCAUUCUCCACAGGGGUGAAGUGGGCCAUGUCUACAACAUUGGGACAUUGAAAGAAAGGAGAGUGAUUGAUGUGGCCAAGGAAAUUUGCCAACUUUUCUCUUUGAACCCAGAUACCUAUAUUAAGUUAGUAGAGAAUAGGCCUUUUAAUGAUCAAAGAUACUUCUUGGAUGACCAAAAGCUGAAGAGCUUGGGAUGGUUCGAACGUACUUCAUGGAAAGAGGGUCUAAAGAAGACCAUGGAAUGGUACGUCAACAAUCCUGACUGGUGGGGUGAUGUCUCUGGGGCACUGCUCCCUCAUCCAAGAAUGCUAAUGGUGCCUGGAAUUGAAAGAAAGUUUGAUGGGCCUGAUAUCAGCAAUUCUGAUUCCACUUUUGUGGUAAAUAAUUCUAAUCAGAGCCAUAUGAUAGUUCCAACUCCAAAGAACAACCCCUCUAUUCAGAAGCCAGCUCUGAAGUUCUUAAUUUAUGGUAGAACUGGGUGGAUUGGGGGGCUUCUUGGGAAGAUUUGUGAGAAGCAAGGUAUACCCUUUGAGUAUGGAAGGGGGCGCUUGCAGGAGAGGUCACAGAUCUUGGCAGAUAUUCAAACUGUUAAGCCAACUCAUGUUUUUAAUGCUGCUGGAGUGACUGGCAGACCUAAUGUGGAUUGGUGUGAAACUCAUAAGCCAGAGACAAUCCGGACCAAUGUUGUUGGUACUUUAACCUUGGCAGAUGUCUGCAGAGAGCAUAACCUUCUAAUGAUGAAUUAUGCUACUGGCUGUAUUUUUGAAUUUGAUGCAGCACAUCCGUUGGGGUCUGGAAUUGGGUUUAAGGAAGAAGACAAACCUAAUUUCACCGGUUCGUUCUAUUCGAAAACCAAAGCCAUGGUUGAGGAGCUUUUGAGAGACUAUGACAAUGUUUGCACCCUUAGAGUCCGUAUGCCAAUAUCAUCUGAUCUCAGCAACCCACGUAACUUCAUCACAAAGAUUACACGCUAUAACAAAGUGGUUGACAUUCCCAACAGCAUGACUAUCUUGGAUGAGCUGCUGCCCAUUUCAGUUGAGAUGGCCAAAAGGAAUUGCAGGGGCAUUUGGAACUUCACAAAUCCUGGUGUUGUGAGUCACAAUGAGAUUUUGGAGAUGUACAAGAACUACAUUGACCCCAAUUUUAAGUGGGUUAAUUUCACACUGGAAGAACAGGCCAAGGUUAUUGUUGCCCCUCGCAGCAACAAUGAGUUGGAUGCAUCCAAGUUGAAGAAAGAAUUCCCUGAACUUCUGCCAAUCAAGGAUUCACUGAUCAAAUAUGUCUUUGAGCCCAACAAGAAAACUAGUGCUGGUGGAGUGUCAAAAUAAGCAUGUCAUGAGCACCAAUUUAUGCAUUCUUAGUUUCUGGGUUACAGAAUUUGCUUUACUAUCAUCUUACCAUUUUUAUUCAUCAUUCAGAUUCUUCAUUUCUAUCAGUUCUUGUAAUUUUUUAUGAUAGCUAGGAUGGUUCGACAAGCUGUAUUGUUUGUAAUUUCAGUUUGGUCAUUGUUGAAACCAGUUUUGACUGGCUUCCAAUUGUCUAAA